ACUCAGAAACUUAACCCUUGAUUCCAAUAAUCCAUCUUACGACUGAUGAGUGCUUAUCAACAUCUAAAGCAUUUCUAGCAAUGAACGCGUCUCUACAUAUCUCUACACGCACGAGUCGCCGACCGAAAUGCCUCUCUUACCAUUAAAUACCAACGUCGAGAGGGACGGUUCCCUCCUGUCCCCCGUCCGUUACGACGACGAUGCCAUAUCCCUUCAUAGUCGAAGCGAUCAAGACACCGAUAGCGAAGAUGACGAGUUGAUAGCUGCCGCGCGGAAUAGUAGAGAGUUACGCGCGCGCGAUCGCAUGGUGUUAAUGGAAGAGGAAGAGUUGGACCAACUAAUAAUUGAUUCGAGGGCACGACAAGAGCGCGAAAGAAGAGGUAGUAACCUUCAGAGACGAGGGAGCAAUCUUGCACUGCCAAAUCCUAUACGUAUGCUAAGAGGCUAUAACCUCGCGAAAUCGUCGAGCGCGAUAGAUGAUGCUGGGAGUUCAGUUGAAGAUCUAAGUGAUGAGAAACGAAGGAAUAGACGAAUGCGACGUAAAGAAAAGAAGGAUCGCUUGCUGAAGGAAGCUCGCGAUGGUGAGGAUGGAGAACUGAUGUAUGAAAUGGAACGAGGUGGAAUGAAGGAUGGAAGUUCUACUGGCGACAGUAGCGACCGAGACGAUAGUGACGAACUCGAUCGUAAGCGAUUAAUAGAAGUAUCCGAUGCGAAGACGGCAAAGAAGCGAAAAUGGAAGAAAUGGUUACUUAUACAUGCUACUAUCAUCGUUGGCCUUGCCUUCGUUGGUCUUCUUAUCUGGAAGCUGUCCUCGCGCAAACAGGCGGGUCCUCCUCAGCUGGUCAGCAAUGGUACUGCUCUAUUCUUACCCACUACGCUCAUUAUCAGUCUUGAUGGGUUCCGAGCGGACUUUCUUAACCGAGGCCUCACACCGAGGCUGAGUGCUUUCAUCAAAGAAGGUGUCUCGCCGCUCUACAUGACCCCGUCGUUCCCAUCCGUGACGUUCCCCAAUCACUACACGCUUGCGACUGGUCUAUACCCGGAAAGCCACGGUGUAGUAGGGAACACAUUUUGGGAUCCGGACUUGGAGGCUGAGUUCUAUUACACCGAUCCUAAUAGGAGUCUCGACCCAAAAUGGUGGGGUGGCGAACCGUUUUGGAUCACUGCCGAAGAACAAGGCGUCCGAACAGCCGUCCACAUGUGGCCAGGAAGUGAAGCACAUGUCAUGGGAAAGGACCCCAGCUUUCUAGAUAAAUACAAUGGAAAGGAGAAGUUAACCAAGAAGGUUGACCGAAUUCUUGAGUUCCUCGAUAAGCCUGGACUAGAGAAUCCGGAUGCAGACCCGAAAGAUACGAGGCCGCAAGUCAUAGCAGCUUAUGUCCCUAACGUCGACUCCGAUGGGCACACCUAUGGUCCCAACAGUACUGAGAUCCGCUCGACGAUCAGUGAGGUUGAUAAGAUGCUCGACCAGAUCUUCCAUGGUUUAGAAGAAAGGAAUCUUACCAAUAUUGUCAACGUCAUUAUCGUUUCCGACCAUGGUAUGGCUACUACAGAUGUCAGCCGAAUGAUUCAAAUUGAAGACCUAGUAGAUAUCGACAAGGUUGAACACCUCGAUGGCUGGCCACUAGUUGGCAUUCGGCCAAAGAAUCCCGAUGAUCUACAACUCUUGUACGAGCAGGCCGCCGAAAAGGGAAAGAGAAACCCGAACUUCGAUGUGUAUCUAACGGACAAGGAUAUGCCUGAGCGAUAUCAUUUUAGCAACAACAAGCGCAUUGCGCCGCUAUGGAUCGUUCCAAAGACUGGCUGGGCGAUCGUUAAACGGGAAGAAUUCGAUAUCAAAGAAGGCAAGGCCAAGAAUCUUGUCUAUCAUCCACGAGGACUCCACGGGUAUGAUCAUGAACAUCCCUUGAUGAGAGCUAUUUUCGUAGCUCGUGGCCCCGCUUUCCCCCACCAACCUCACAGCAAGGUGGAGGUAUUCCAAAAUAUCAACGUCUACAAUAUCCUCUGCGAUUCUGUUGGUAUGAAGGCCAUGCCAAACAACGGAACGUUACAUCUACCUCUCAAGAUCAUCGGUCAACAUGACUCUGACACGGUCUUCGAAGAGCCAGCAGAUCCCGUGCCGAGUGAGCCCGAGCCAACUGAAACGGCGUCCAAGGAAGGCACGGCGACACAAGCUAUGUCUAUUCUUCCAGUGGGAACGAACUCCGAGGCCGCCGAGCCUUCCUCAACGGUUGGUGUAGAUCCUGUUGUUGACGAGCCAACGGAGGAAAGCCCGCCACCUCCUAAUAAUGAAGAUGGUGAGGACAAGAAUGAGAGCGGCGGCUCGUCAUGGUGGCAGGAUACGUGGGAUUGGGUGAAGGAUAAGGUAAAUGGUCUGGUCGACACUGUCAAGGGGGGUGUUAACAAGGCGACCUCUUAGUUGGGUGGUGAGGAUUUCCCUUUUCGUUGAAUCCCCUCCCUUAAAGUUCCAGCGUUGUUUGAUAUCAAGUGAUGGGUGACCUAUUUGUAUAUUCUCUGGGACAUCGGCGUUAGCGGCGUUUACAGGUCUCGCCCUAGCGAGUGUUACACGGAUAGAACAUUUGUUAGUGUCACUAUUGUUGUGCAUCAUUAUUAGAUCAUAAUUUCCUCUAUUGCGUGCAACUAUCAGCGUGGAAGCCG